AUGAAAGAGCUUGCCUUGAUACGCUACAACUCCGCCUGGUCUGUGGCGAACCCCGUCUCGGUCUAUGUCCACUUCUCUCUGGCUUUUCUUCUCAUGAUUCUAUUCAUCCUUGGCGUCUCCAUUACUCCGGAGCUCACCCCACACCGAAGUUACUGUUGGGAACCGUCGGGGCUAUCCCGUAGCCAUGCCAACCUCAUCCUCGACGUAGUUCUGACCAGCGUGGUGGGCGUUCUGUCGGACUUUUGGGCUUCGCUGUCCAUCUUCGUGGCACACACGGAGCCUUUGGCUCAAAUGGCAAGUCCUAAGGGCGGCCCAGCAAAACAUACGCUGCUUCUCAACUACACAUCCUCGUUUCUGCCGGUCAAGAUCUACGACGCCUUCAGAAACAAGCACUGGAAGCUCGUACGCGUCGUUAUCUGGGAACUUAUCCAGCGCUCUUUUCCCACCCUGGUUGGAAACAGUAUUGUUGUAUACUCCAGAUACCCCGGAGAGUCUGGCGGCAGCUGUGUUAUCUGCUUCUCGAUGCCGCUCUUCAUCGUCAUCAUCGUCGGGCUCGCCGCGUGCGCUGGGUCGAUCGUGUAUGAGCUGCUGCUCGCAUCCGUAUUCCGACGAACCCCACGCGACUAUCUUUCAAUAGCGGACAUUGUGUCAUGGUCAUCGACGAGCAGCCUCUUGCACCCAGCUGCAACCGAAAACGCACAGCGAGAGUCGCCACUCGCCGAUCCAUUGCACGUGGAGGUGGAAGGAGAGAAAAGCAAGCGGUGGUACAUGCAACACCGCCUAGAGUUGCAGCUGAGUCGCUUUCGCCUUGGAUACGCAAAAGUACCGGACCGGGAGUACUAUGCUUUCGGUAUCACAGACGAAGAGCCCGAACGGCUGCCUGCGGUGCGACCUACUCAUCUGGCUCGUAGGUUGGAAGUGGUGGAAUCAGAACUUGGGGAGGAGGAGGGCAUUGCUAAAUGGCUUGAGAUUGUGGUUGGCAAUGGAUCGAUCUCGUAUGAUAAAUUGGUAUCGGCAUCCGAAGACACGAUGGUGACGCAUGAUGAUGGAAACAUUUUCAAUCACCCGCACCAAAAUGAAGAGGAGCAACCUGAAGAAGGCAAUUAG